UAACAGCCUCUCUAUUUCAAGUCAGUGGUAGAGUUUCAACUGUGAAUUAUGGAGCUAAACACUGCCUACAAAGUUGCGCACGCCAACAAGAGAAGAGAAACACAAGCCAUUGCAUUGCAAGGAAACACUGCCUACAAUAACUAUUCUACCCAAGAUAAUGGCUACACUAUGGUUGAGAACAAUGGGAGAGAAACAUUUGCAUCAACAAAUAACACAGCCUAUGCAAUAAACAGAGAAGUGUUUACAACAGAAACUAAUUCCACCUCCAACGUUCUGAACAAUACAAAGAAAAAAAGGCAAGGAUGUGCUAAAAAUGAAUGUGAUAAGAAGUGGUUUGCAAUCCUUUCCGUUCUAGCUAUUGCUUUUUUAUCUCUGUUGCUAGCUGUGGCAGCACUGGUAUACACCAACAUAGCGUUGAAGAACAAAGAAGAUCAGUCAACGACGGAACAACUAAAUAACCAAUCCAGCACAAUUGAGCCUUUUAAUCUUGGAACAAUCAACAACCCGGCAAACUCUUGCAGUGACAUUCCUCAAGACCGACCAUCUGGAGAAUACUGGAUUACCACUGACAGUACUAGCUCUCCUGUUCAGGUCUACUGUGACAUGAAUCGAACAAGCUGUAGCUGCAACACUGCAGGAAGAUGGAUGAGGGUAGCCAACCUUGACAUGACCAAUCCCAACCAAAAUUGCCCCGAAGAAUUGAUGCUGGUAACCAGGGAAGAACCACCAUUGCGUACUUGUGGCCGAAUGGAACGAAGAUGUACUUCUACUACCUAUUCAACUUAUGGGGUGGAGUACUCGAACGUUUGUGGUCGAAUCAUUGCAUAUCAAGAUAGUACUCCGGAUGCUUUCGAUCCAUAUUUCGAUAACAGAGCUUUAUCUAUUGAUGAUGGUUACGUUGAUGGUGUGAGCCUAACCCAUGGUCACUCGCCUCGUCAGCACAUCUGGACAUUUGCUAACGCACUUCAUGAAGAUAGCUCUAUGAGAACAGUGGUAUGUCCCUGCACAAGACCUGACCGUCCCCGUCCCUACACUGGAGUUGUACCUCCAUUCAUCGGUCAAGAUUACUUCUGUGAAACUGGAAGCCGACAGCUCUUUAAUAAUGGUAUCUUCUAUGCUGAUGAUUUGCUCUGGGACGGUCAGGGAUGCGGGGGUACCAGUACUUGCUGUGAGUUCAACAAUCCACCAUGGUUCUGCAAGCAACUCCCUCAACCAACUACAGACGAUAUCGAGUUGAGGAUUUGUGCUGAUCAACCUUUACGUGAUGAAGACACACCAAUUGAGAUUACCGAAAUAUACAUUCGCUGAACACAUUUUCGUUUUUACACACUGUAGCUAUAGCUCUAGAACCAAGAGUAGAAACUGAAUAAUAUAGCAGCUAUAAUAAUUGCUAUGAACGUCGUGAUAGCUGUAGCAAUUCCCUACGAAGUAAUAACACUAAUCGUAACCUGUACACGAACGUUUUAUACAUUCAUUGAAGUAUUCAAUCAAGAUGUGCAAUUUUCAUACAAGAUUUUUAUGCAUUCGAAUUCAUGCAAAAUGUGCAAAAGCUGCUUCCUGAAUGAGAACUUUAAUUGAAUUCCAUUCAGGACAUCUAUUCUUUUUUUAGUAUCUCCGGACUCCGGAGAGCUAGCUGAGUGGGAUUUAAUCCUCCAGAAGCAGCAGCUUCAUACUUUUAACCGUGACAAUCCUCCUCUGCUCUCUCUCUAUCGCUCUGCCUCCCUUUCGUUUAUCUAUGACCAUGCACACCUUAGAAGAAUAUGCACACAUAUAUCUAUGCAUAUACAUGUAUCCUCCGCUACCCCAAAGGAGGUUCAAGAGGGUCAAAAAGUCGAGGAAAGUAAAUUAAAAAAAUUCGGAAAAAACUUUAAAAAUAUUUUGAAAACUGUAUAAUUUAAUAUGUACAUCAUGCAGCUGUUAUCAAUUAGUGGUAACGUAAGUGUGGUACGUACGAAAAUCAAAUUAUUCAAGGUAAUUGUACGAAAAUGUUUAUUUGGGCAGUUCAACGAAAAUUUA